UAACCUUAAUAGUUAAGUUAUGGUUGUGAGCUGAUGUUAGUUAUAAUAAAUUACUGCGACUUUGGCGUAUUUAAAUGCCUUAUAUAGUAUCCAUAAGACUGUUUUAUGACCUCGAUUAAAGUAUAUUUUAGCCUAUGUGUUUUGUUUGUGGUGGGUGGUUGGUUUCGUCUAGCGGGUUCAUUGGAGGGAAAAGAUUUUUAAAGGAAAUUAUUAAUUAUAAAUGUUUUUAAAUAUGUCUGGGUAUUCGUUGUCAAUAGCAGUCGUUUGUUCUAGUAAUAUGAAUCGAAGCAUGGAAGCCCAUGCAUUUUUAAGCAAAAAGGGAUUUAAAGUAAAAUCUUUUGGAACAGGAGAUAAAGUUAAACUUCCUGGUACUGCUGUGGAUAAACCCAAUGUUUAUGACUUCAGUUGCAGCUAUGAGGAGAUAUAUCAGGAUCUUCAGAAUAAGGAUAAAUCAUUUUAUACUCAAAAUGGGCUGCUGCAUAUGCUGGAUAGAAAUAGAAGAAUAAAAACAAGACCUGAAAGGUUUCAGUCAUCAUCCGAAAAAUUUGAUAUUGUUAUAACAUGUGAAGAAAGAGUUUACGACCAAGUUAUAGAAUAUUUUGAAAAUAGAUCUCCUGAAGAUAGUGCGAGUGUUCAUAUAAUAAAUUUUGACAUUCAAGAUAAUCAUGAAGAAGCAACAAUAGGCGCUUUCCACAUUUGUGAAUUUAUGUCAUUGCUUGAUGACCUGAACAAUUCAUCUGUUCUGUUUGAUGUAGCAACAUGUGAAGAUUUGGAUAAUGAUAUGGAUUCCUUGAUACAUUCAUAUGAAGAAAAAGUGCAUCGAACAUUGUUGCACUGCGUACUUUUUUAUUAAAGACU